AUGUACAGCUGGCUGCCGCCCAGGCAGGGCGUCUGGCCGCCGCAGCCGCUCACCUGCACCUACCUGGCCGCCCCUUUGCUACUGCCCCCAGUCCAGGCCCACAGCUUCCGCAACCGGCCAAGGAGUCUGCACGCGGGCGAGUGGGCGGCCCCUCGGGAAUACCACCUUUUCUACUGCCCGACCGCGCCGCCCUGGUGGGCCUGCCCUCCGGCCUACGCGCGGCCCUGCCCCGCCGCCGGCAUCUCGGGACUGUCGCUGCAGGCGCCCGCGCCGGCGGCCGAGAGCUGGGAGCCGUGGCCUGAGGGCCGGAGUCUGCAAGCCGAGCUGCGCUGGGGACGCGUGGAACGCGCGCAACGCGCGCAGGGCCAGCCUCUACAGCUUCCGGACUUCGUGCGCCGGGAGCUGCGGCGCGCGUACUGCACCUACCCCGGCGCCGACGUGCGCGUCACCCAGCGCCAAGGCCAGUUUCUGCUGCAGGCGACGCCGCGCGUGAGCGAGCGCGACCGCUGCGCGGAGUGGCGUGUGCGGCGCCGGCCCGACAGCGGCGAUAGCGGUAACAGAGGCCCAGCCCAGGAAGCCGCGGAGCGCGGCCGCCCCAGGAAGAGCAAGGGCCUGAGCUAAAGGCGCCGCAAGGCCUUGAGACCGGCCCGCGUGCACGCGCGCGCGGCCCUUCCGUGUGUCUGUCCCCCCCGCCAGGCAGAAAAGAGCCCUCACCUGCACGCGGGAGGCGGGCGCGCCGCUCACCUGUCUUUUUUGGCCUUUCCCAUGACUGCCUGCCCGCUUCCUGCACUUGUUUCUCUCGCCUUAUUGCUGGACUGUGGGGGAAGGGCAAGGGCAAGACGGAAUCAAGGACACCUCUGGGUGUUCUGUACCUCUUUCCCUCUUGCACCUUGGGAAGUGGAGGACGUGGGAUGGAAGAAGGGCCUGGAACUCCCUCCUUCCUCCUCCCCACCUUCUCCUAAGGAGCCUGCGCUGCAGUAAGCCCUAACUUUCCCUUCCUCUUUUCCUUCUAUCAGAGUCAAAGCCCAUCCCCCUUUCCCACUGCUCCCCUACCCCCGCCCUUCUUGCCAAGCCGAGGGGCGACGGUGAUCCCCAGCUUAGUAGAAAAGUAAAUAGGCCGGGCGCGGUGGCUCACGCCUGGAAUCCCAGCACUGUGGAAGGCCGAGGUGGACGGAUCACUUGAGCCCAGGAGUUGGAGACCAGCCUGGGCAUCAUGGCGAAACCCUGUCUCUACAAAAAAAUACAAAAAUUAGCCGGGUGUGGUGGCACGCGCCCACCUACUCGGGAGGCGGAGACGGGAGGAUCACCUAAGCCCGGGAGGCUGCAAGGAGCCGUGAACGCGCCACUGCACUCCAGCCUGUGUGACUGAAACCCUGUCUCAAAAAAAAAAAAAAAAAAAAAAAGUGAAUAAAUGAGCGAAGUCAAGUAUACACUGCGAGAUCAUUGUUAUGUUUUGGGGUGGUGUUUCUCCAUCUGUUUAUCUGUUUAAUGGGAGUCUUACCGCCCACCCUGGGGUACAAGAAGGUAGGGUGGAGGGGCAUGAAGUUGAACUGGCCCUCUGGAGAAAGCAUGUGCCUGAUCGCUGGGCCCAACUCCCCUCUUCACCAUCUGCCUCCAAGUGUGCACGCCAGCACCUUCUAACUCCUUAGUCCUUUGGCCCACCACCCGCCAAGAUGCUGAGGGCAUAAGCUCUAUUUUUGAAAUGUGGUAGGCAUGACUAGGGAACGGAUGUCUAAGACCUGGGUUUAGGGCUGGCUCUGACGUUUUCCACCUGUGUAACUUAAGGCUUUCUCUCAGUUUCUUCAUCAGUAAAAGAGGCGUAAAAGUAAGUAACCCGGCCGGGCGCGGUGGCUCAAGCCUGUAAUCCCAG